GUGAAGUUUCCGAGGGGAGCGUGAACGCAGCACGCGGAUCAACCUGGAGGAGAGUAAAACUCGCUGCAACCGAACAGAAACCGCGAACGCAACAAGUUCACGCAACAAUGGGACGUUUGCGGUUUAACGACGCGACCCGGACGCGUUUUUAUUGAUCCCUUUCAUGUCGAGUCACAACUUUUAAGCCCGGGAAAAUUCGGGGUCGACGUUGUUCGGUCGGUUGGCGCUCCGGUUGAAAACAAGAGUUCUGCUUUCAGUCGGAUGGAAGUGAGUGAGACAGGUCGGUUUUAGAGACAGACAGGUCGGUUUUAACGGCUGCCUCUGAGGGACAUUUUAAGGGUUCAAUGUCCACGUUAAACUUCGCCGAGGAGCUGGACUUCAGGCUGAUCUUUGAGGACGACGGCAGGCAGACAGCAGGUCCAGAUCUCGAUGUGAGGACUCCUCCCACCUCCACGCAGGCUCUGGCCGAGCAGCCCAUCUUCCAGGAGCUGCAGAGUCACCCCACGUAUGUACCCACCGCAGAUGACUACCAGCACUUCGGCUACCAAUCGCAGGGGCCCCAGUAUAGGACCCAGGGGAACCCCAGGGCGUUUGACUGCCCCAGUAUCCAGAUCACCUCCAUCGCUCCGAACAACCAUGUGGAGCUGGGCAGUAGCCACGAAGCUUUGGCGGUGGGUGGGGCAGAGGGGGGUUAUCCUGAGGCAUCCUGGUCCAGAGGACAGCUCUACCUGCCCCUGGACGCCUGCUACCGGGAUACGGCACUUUGCCCGAGCCCCUGUAGCAGCCUGUCCUCCAGGAGCUGGAUUUCCGACCUCUCCUCCUGCGAGUCCUUUUCCAACGUCUGCGAUGACGUGGAGGGCGAGCUGCGCGACGCUGCUCGCCUCGCCCUGGGGUCCCCCCUAGGAUCACCUGUGGGGUCCCCGGGCUGCGGGGGCGGGGCCUUUGGGGUGGAGCUGUGGCAGCAGAAGUACCAGCAUCCUUCAGCCUUCAGCCCGGCGCUGUCGCCUCAUCAGUCGCCCCGCCAGUCGCCCCGCCAGUCGCCCUGCCACUCCCCUCGCGCCAGUGUCACAGAGGAGAGCUGGCUGAACCGACGGCCCACCUCCAGGCCGUCAUCCAGACCGACCUCCCCCUGCGGGAAGAGACGCCACUCCAGUGCCGACCCCUACGCUCGCUCGCCCUCCCCUCACCACUCCCCCAGCCCCACGCCGGGCGCCUCUCCGCGGGGCAGCGUGACGGAUGACACCUGGGUGGGAAGCCCCGCCGGCGCGCUGGGAUCCCUCCUGAUGUCUGGCUACCAGGAGCUGGACGUCCCCUCAAAGACCAGGAGGACAUCGGGGAGCCAGCUGGGCCUCCUGGCCGGACAGGGAGACCCCGGGCUGGAGCCCUUCCAGGACUCCCCGGCGGAGGAGGGACGCGAACAGGACGGCCUGGCCGAGCUCUUUCUUCAAGUGCCCUCCCACUUCAGCUGGAACAAACCCAAACCUGGAAACCCUCCUCUGUUCAGUAUCUCGUCACCUCCUCCUCUGGACUGGCCUCUGCCCAGCCAGUUUGACCAGUGUGAGCUGAAGCUGGAGGUCCAGCCCAGAUCCUACCACAGGGCGCAUUAUGAGACGGAGGGCAGCAGAGGGUCCAUUAAGGCUGCGACUUCAGGACAUCCUAUCAUCAAGCUGACGGGAUACAGCGAGCAGCCGGUCAGCCUGCUGCUGUUCAUCGGCACCUCCGACGACCGCUACCUUCGCCCUCAUUCCUUCUACCAGGUCCACCGGGUGACGGGGAAGAUGGUCACCACCAGCUGCCAGGAGAAAAUUAUGGGUGGCACCAAAGUCCUGGAGGUCCCGCUGCUUCCAGAGAACGACAUGUCCGCCAGCAUUGACUGUGCCGGCAUCCUAAAGCUGCGUAACGCCGACAUCGAGCUGAAGAAAGGGGAGACGGACAUCGGGCGGAAGAACACGAGGGUGCGCGUUGUGUUCAGGGUCGCCGUCCCGCAGCCGGACGGUCGGAUGCUGUGGCUGCAGACGACAUCCGUCCCUGUGGAGUGCUCCCAGCGCUCGGGUCAGGAGCUUCCCCAGGUGGAGAGCUUCAGUCCAGCCAGCUGCUCCGUGGACGGAGGAGAGGAGCUGCUCCUCACCGGAUCCAACAUCUCCACACAGUCCAGGGUUGUGUUCACGGAGAAGGGGCCCGAUGGAAGAGUGCUGUGGGAAACAGACGCCAGACUUGUGCCGGAGAAAAGCAGCGGAUCCAGCAUUGUGGUCGAGGUUCCUCCGUACAACAGGAAGACAUCGGAUCUGGUCCAGGUCCAGUUCUACGUCUCAAACGGGAAGAGAAAAAGAAGUCUAACACAUAAUUUCACCUACCUGCCCGCAGUCAGACGUCACCUCCCCGCCGCCGCCGUCCCCGCUGACGGAGUGAAACAGGAGCCCUGGGACACAGACCACAUCCCCCUCAAUCCACCUGGCUUCUGUCCGACCUCCCACGACCGAGUGCUCGGCCCAGACCUGCUGUUUUAUGAUUCCUGUGACAUCCCAGUGCACUGCGGUCCUCCUCCCCAUAACGCGCCUCGUCUACAUCACCCCCCUCCCUCCUUAAUGUUUCCUCACGCCUCCUCUGUGCCCUCCGCAGUCCCCCAUCAGACCCUGAUCCCUCUUCAGACCUCCACCCUGCCUCCUCAGGUCGCCACCCUGCCUGUCCAGGCCUCCUCGGUGCCCCUUCAGACCUCCUCUGGUGGACCCCAGAGGGAACCGUCUCCGAGCUCCAGAAGGGCCUUCGUGCCCGCCGCCGACCCGCAGAAGGACUCCCCGCUCUCUGGCCCAGGAGAGACGCUGAACAUCAAGCAGGAGCCGGAAGAGUCUCAGCCGAACCUGGGAUCCCUCGGCCUCCGGGAGAUCACGCUGGAUGACGUGAACGAGAUCAUCGACAGAGACAUCGGCGGUCUGAGCGUCGGCGGCGCCGCCCAGCCCGACCAGUUUGACCAGUUCCACCAGUACGACUGGGAUCAGAAGUCCGGCGACGGCGCCUUACCGUUCUGUGGAGGCCCUCAGUAGUCCCGCUGCUUCUUCUUCUACUGUUCCGCUUCUUGGACACAAACACGCCGGCGCUCGCGUACGUUUGCACAGCGCGCACCAAGUGCCUGAGAACCAAUCAGCAGCCUCCGACGAGCUCGACUCAUCAGGGUUUUUUCACGUCACUGUUUCGUCCUCGUCUCUCAGGAAGUUUUUCACUGACGAACCAAAGAUUUCUGUAGCUUUUCCUGAUCGAAUUGGAACAAAAAUAAAAAAGGGCUGUAAGUGAACGUUGGCGAUCAGAAACGUCAUUCGAGGCUAAAAGUCGCACAGAAACGAGAGAAUCAUUAUUAUUUAUUGGCUAAUUGAUUAAGAAAUCUAUUUUUGAUACUCUGGAUCAGGUCCAGGAUAAACUAAAAGUCCUUCAGCUGAUUAUUUACAUUUUUUUAUAGCUUGGUUUUAACUCUGUACAGUUUACAUUUCCUUGGCUGAAUUACAUGAAUGCUGUCCGACCUGUUGUUGUUGUUGUUGUUGUUGUUGUUGUUGUUGUUGUUGUUGUGAAGCUUCAGACACUGAAUGACAGAAAUGUAUCCUGAGGUUGAAGUAAAAAGAAAAACUAAGAAAA